AUGACAAUGAGAUCCCUAUCCAUGUUCCUCCUUGGUCAUGUGUGGUUCUUUAUGAUCACAAGAUCAAUAGCUCAGUUUGUGGUAGACACAAAUGGCAAACCAGUUGAGAGAAAUAAAGAAUACUUCAUCAGGUCUGCUGCUAUCUCAGGCAUUGGAGGAGAUUCCAUAUUGGUUUCCAGAAAUGGAUCAUGCCUUUUGCAGGCUGGUCUUGACAACAAUUACAUAGCAAAUGGAUUGGCUGUUAAAUUCACUCCUUUUGCGGCCCAUCAUGACGAUGACUAUUUGAGACUUAACAGAGACGUGAGAAUAACAUUCCAAACUUCCUCCUCUUGUUGUGCACAAUCGACAGACUGGAGGUUGGGAGAGAAGGACGCGACUAGUGGAAGACAGCUGAUUAUCAUCGGAAGAGACGGUGGUACAGUUGGAUCAUAUGGUAACUUCUUUAGGAUUGUGCAAAUCUAUACUGGUGGUACUCUCUAUUACAUCCAAUGGUGCCCUACAGAGGUGUGCCCAAAUUGUAGGUUUGAAUGUGGGACUGUUAGUACUAUUUGGGAGAAUGGCAAGAUUCUGUUGGCCCUCGGUGGUGGUAGUGCCCACCCUAUUGUUCUCCAUAAAACAAAUAGAGGACCCUGGUGA